CAGUGCAAAAGAAGUACGAUUUUGCCAGUGCCUGUCCGCUAUGCGGCCAGACCACCAGCAAAGCCAGCGCCAGGUUGAUAAGGAUCGAGUGCGGCCACAUGAAGUGUCGGAUCUGUCUGCUGAAGGGGGAGCAUGGCUGCACCAUUUGCCAAAACGAGAAGAAGCAGGAGGAGGAGAACAGCAAGACGAAGGCGAUUGGCAACUUUGAUUAUUCAGUUCCUGAGAGUAACAUGACGAAUGAUUUUGAUGAGCAAAACUGUGCACCGCAGCUGAUUGAGGAUAAACUGAACGAUAACAAUAUAUACGGAGAUUCUAUUUUUGAUGACAGGCUGGAAUUGACUCAGGAGGAGGUACAGAGGUGUCAGAAUGAUUAUAGGGACUUUGAUGGGAUUGAUUUUGAUUUUGAUUUUUUUAAUACAGACAAGCAACAAUUGCCUAAAUGUAUAGUUGUUAAUAAUAUUUUACAUUGAUAAAAACUUAUUGAUAUUAAGUUUUAUUUAAAUACAUUGCAGA